AUGGCGAACGAAUCGUCGAACAAAUUUCUUACGCAAGAAGUAAGACGAAAUCGUUGCUCCAAUGAUACGACUAAUAAGCGUUUUAGGAUACCAAAUGAGAGGCUUCUCUCCGAGUUUGCCUUUCAAUAUCGGCAUCUGUUCGUAAAACGAUAUCGACCAUCAGCGAAGAUUGAGUCGUUCGGGCACGAAGGAAUCCAUACUCAAUCAAUUUCCAAGCGAUUGUUGGCAAUUAUUUGUUCGAUCGCGUCCCUUUUGCGCGUGGAAUGUAACAACCAUCGUAUGAUCGGCAGUUCAUUCUAUCUGCAUAUAAGCACGGAUGUACGAACAGGAUCUGGAAUGCACCAGCAACCUGUGCAUUAUGGUUUCAUCGCGUGGGGUGUAGGCAAGGACGUCAGGCACUUGUCGCUAGAAUUUGCUCGAGCCGAAGUCUCUAGACGUUAUGCAAAUUGCCUGAUGCUUUUAUUUUUCAUCGAGCUGAUUCACACCGAUUGCCGUUUCGAGAUCCACCUAGGACCAGACACGUCAUAG